GCGAUCUGCCCAGCAUAGCUCGGGAGCCGAGGCCAGCGGAGGAUAUGUGGCCGCCAAUAACGUGAAGAUGUGGAACUGGUCCUUGGACGACGAGUUUAUCCAGGUUAUAUUCAGAAAGGACACUAUGGAAUGCUGGGUAAACGACACCAAGGCAGAGACCAUGUGCAACUUUUCGGAUACCGGCGCUGAGAUGGAUUUCUGCAUCGGCAGUCACAAAGCCCGAAUUAAGAGUAUGCAAGGUAUGGGAAAGAGAGAUGGCAUCAUCCACGUCCUCACCAUCGACGGUUACGUCAUACCGGAAGACACGACGUAGAUAAUGACGUCAUUUUCUGAAAUUGCGCUGCUGGUAGAAUCUAAAGCAUUCAACAUACAGUAUAAUGUUUAUAAAUUCCAUAUGUAACAAAGUCUUUGUUUUCAAAAGUAUUAAUAAGUUUAAAUAUUCAUUUUAUUAGUAUUGUUACAUUAGUUUUGAUUUUAUGAAUCAGCUCCUUUAUUUCUCAAAAGUCAAAGUGUACUAACUUGUAUCUUUAAAUCAUCACAUAAUGACCUUUAUUAAGACAAUAAUAUAGACUGCAUGGUUAUUAAUUUGCAUAUUUAAAUGUUGGCAAUGUUAAAACAAAAAAUAUUUGUAUGAAUAUGCAUCUUAAAUACCUACGAAAAACGUAAGUAUACGGAACAGAGUGUACCAUAUUGAGUAAUAAAUAUAUGUAAUUGACAUGCGUAUAAGUAGGUGCGUGCGCAUGCCGAGUAGGACAAGUGGAACAGACAAGUAAAUCAGGCCAGAAAGAGAGAGUAUCAGAUAAAAUAAGCUUAUUUUUUUGCCCUUGGAACUACGAAUAAUAUGUCCAAAUUAAUCCGUCCAAUUUCAAUAACGUGCCAUUAAAAGCAAAAAAA